AUGGGUAAUCGUGGUGGUAGUGGUCGUGGUCGUGGUCGUGGUCGUGGCCGUGGUCGUGGUCGUGGUCGUGGUAGUGAUGGAGAAGGGCAGUGGGGCCUGCCUGGCUUUGACCCUGGUCCUAGUCCCCCCCCUAGUGCUAGUGCCAGUGCUAGUGCCAGUGCUAGUGCCAGUGCUAGUGCUAGUGCUAGUGCUGGCCCUGGUCCUGAUCCUGGUCGUAGUCCUGGUCCUAGUCGUGGUCGUGGUCGUGGUCCAAGUCUUGCAGAUACAGACGCAGACGCAGACGCAGGCGCAGAUGCAGAUGCAGAUGCAGAUGCAGAUGGAUGCAGAGGGAUGCAGAUGCAGAUGCAGAUGGCAGCCGACUCCUGUUUUAGGCCAAGCGCGGGGAGCAGUGCUAGCGCUAGCGUUAGCGUAUCUCGCAGCAGGUGA